GCAUAUCAAUUAACGUUCGGGUCGUGUGAUGAGGCAGCAUUCACACUCCAUGACCAAUCUCCACCCACAACUAACUGACUAGCUGCAUGCAUGACUGCUCUUGACCGAGCGCGUGAGCCUUCGAUGCACCAUAUAUCGAAGGGAGUUGCCGCCGCUGUCAUACUUAAAGGGACCCGAUCCCAAGCUGCACCCGCCCGCUAUCCCCACCCUUCUCACAAUCAAGCAGAACACACUCGUCGGGCUUUCACUUAACAGCGUAACUCGAUCAUCGCUCAAACCAUCUCCGCCUUUCUCAUAAAUACAAAAUGGCGAAGCCCAGAGGCAACAAGACGGCGCCCGUCUCUCGAGGACUGCUCAUUGCGUUCUUGGUGUUGACAAUCGUCACCGCUAUAUUUGCCGGCUUCGCCACAGCCUUUGCCCUUGAGUGGGGCGAGGAAGGGGCGGCCGCGUAUGAUACCAGCAAUGCAUCACUAGCCACGAACUGCAUCGUGGUCAUCUGGUGCCUCAUUCCCGGAACCAUCAUACCUUCUUUGGAUCUGGAUCACCGUCUGGAUCACAAAGGUCGUCUGUCUGCGUGGCUCAUCCACAUUGUCGUCAGUGCCUUCGCCCUGCUCGGCAGCUUCGGUGCCACGCUUGCGAAGGCUAUAGUUCUCAACAGACUGGAGGAGAAAUACAGAAACUACCAAUAUCACUUCCACAACUUGAGCUACCAGUACAACAUUCAGUUCCCCUUCUGGUUCGUUUGUAUCCUGCUGCAGAUCGCAACCUUGACCGUCGCGUGCAUCUACCUCCACAAAUUCCUCGCCGCUCGCAAGGACAUCGAGCCCGCGAAGGUGGAUGGAUGGAAUGAGCUGACUCGCCGCGGCUCCACGGCAAAGAGUGAGAUUGAUCACACACAGGCGUGAUCACAAAGCUACGCGGCCCGAAUAAAGACUUAGCAGGCAAUGCUCCCCUACUCAAGUAAGAGCAUGCUUCUUGUACAUAUUUUCACGAUCUACGCGCGACGGACUAGGUGUAGAACCUCUAUACGAUUCGCUACUAAUUCAUAGCGCCAAUGGUGCACAUAUCAUGAC